GUCGCCAGGUACGCGGAGAAGGCGCCAGGUACGCGGACAAGUUGCCAGGUACGGGGGGCAAGUCUCCGGGUACAAGGACAAGUCCCUAGGUUCGCGGAGGAGUCGCCAGGUACAGUGACAAGUCUCCAGGUAAACGGACAAGUCGCCAGGUUCGCCGACAAGUCGCCAGGUACUCGGACAAGGCUCCGGUGCGCCUCCGCGCGGCCUGUCCACACCAGCGUGGCUGUGAGCACUGUCCCGAGCUGCCAGGAGCGCCCCAGCGCCGGGGAAUUCCCAGAUCAGCCGCCCAGGAACUGCCAAUGGACCGCUGCCCUCCCGGAGCCGGCACCAGCACGUCCCAGCAGACGGUGGCGGCUCACGCAGCUCCCGACUCCAGGUGUCCCAUAUGCUUGUUUAGAUUUGAUAACGUGUCUUACGUCAACAGCUGCUUACACAGGUACUGCUUUCGCUGCAUCCGGGAGUGGUCCAAAAUCACAGCGGAGUGUCCGCUGUGUAAGCAGCCCUUUGACUCUAUCUUCCACUCCGUGAGGGCAGAGGACGACUUCAAGGAGUACGUCCUCAGGGCUUCGUGUGACGGUCCCGCUGUUCCAGGACGUCGCUGCCGUCCAGCUGUGACCAGGGAACUGAAUGCUCCCGCACCCGGUGGUCCCGCGAACGGAACGACGACAGCUCCACCAGACACUGGGGUUCUGUUUGAAAUGUCAGGCAGCACAGCAGCAGGUGGACAAGUGGCGAUUCCUGAGUUACUGAGUCAGUUUGCAGUAGCCAGGCCAACGACUGCCCAGGAAAGACCUUCGCCGACAGUUCAGGAACAGGAUAUGAUUAACUUUAGACGAGCUCUCUAUCGGGCUGGUGCUCGAGUUAGAAGCGUUGGAGGUGGUGGCCGCUACAGGGACAUUUCAGCUGGAUUUUUCCGCAGAAAUCCGGCUUCCCUGCGCAGAUUAGUGCCCUGGCUAAGACGGGAGCUGAGAGUUCUUUUAGGAGCUCGUGAAUCUUUAGUGGAUAUGGUCCAGCACGUCAUCAUGACUAACGUUACUCGCCACAAUUUGGAGAGCCAGGCCUUCGUGUCUGAUUUAAGACCAUUUUUACUUAAUCUCACUGAGCAUUUUGUACAUGAGUUUAUCAGUUUUGCUCGAUCUCCUUUUCGAAUGGUAGCGUUUGACCAACACGCUAAUUAUGGUCACCCUGCGCCUUCCAAUGCAGAGCGCAGCAGGUCUGAGUCUUCAGUCAUUACAAUAUCUUCAGAUGAGUCUGAGACCCAAGAGCGAGAUACUGACGCAGCCAGAGUCAGUGAGGCACCAUGGGGUGAUGAAACACCGGGACCAUCUUGCACAAGCCCAGAACAGGUGCAUAUUUCUAUGUCUUCCCUUGUAAAUGUUUCUGAUAGUUCAGAUGAAGAACUGGUUACAGGGAGAGCCACGUCUCAGAUGCAAGGAGUACAAACCGCUGAGGACUUAAACAAUGGCAGUGAUUCUUCUUCAGAUGACUGUGUCAUUGUUGGGUUUGCUAAACCACUAGCUGAGAGAAUCCCAGAAAUAAUUGAACUGUCUUCCGAUUCUGAGGAGGUAAGUACUCAGGAGGAAAUGGAGACAGCAGGGACACAGGAACAAGACCAGCCUUCUGGUUCUGGUGAUAGUGAUCUUCGUAGACGUUCAUCUCAGCUCUCUCUCCUUGCAACUGAUGAGCCAGUAAAUGAAGGUCAUCCUGAUUCAUCAAAGGAGGAAGAGGAACCAUCUACAUCCUCAUCCACUAGAGUCUUGAGCUCAUCUUUGAGAGGAGACAGAGUAUGUUCUCCAAACAGCCAUAGAUAUGGGAAAAGGGCAAGAUCAAGAAGUUCAGGUUCAAGUUCCCAGAAUGGAAAUGAGUAUGAUAACAAUCCUAGAAAGCAUCCUGGGAAGAAAAGAAUGAAAAGCAAAAGAUCAGGAAAUAGGGAAAGUAGCCCUAGAGGAAGAAGAGACAAAAAGAGAUCAAAAACUAGAGAGAGCACUUGGUCUAGCAGCCAAACUCUGUCUCUAGGUAGUGAAAGCACAGGCAGAUCACGAUCUCAUAGUACUGAUCAUGCUAAAGGAAGGUCUCGGAGCGGAAGUGGAGAUCGUUAUCAUUUAAGAAAUGAUUAUGGAAGCAGAUACACAUGGGACAGGGAUGACUACGAAUCAUCUUACAGGAGAAGGGCUCUCUCCAGAGCUCAUUACUCCACCCAAUCUUUAAUGCCAGAAUCUGGAAUUCAUUCCUUUCUUGAAAGAAAAAUUUCCAGGGAAAAAACUAAUCCCAGCCAAAGACAAUAUUACUAUGAUGAAAGGCACAGAUCAGGGAGCCUGUCUAGUAACAGGUCAAUGACCUCAUCUACAAGGCCCUGGCAGGUGAGCAAUGAAACACCUGGAAGGAAACGAAAGUACAAAGCACGGCAUUUGGAAGGUACUGACGAAGUGGCUCAUGCAUCUCAUGAAUAUUCUUCUGCUGUAAAGAACAGUCGUUACCAAAAAUCUCACUCAGAAUUGGAUGACAACUACAAACACGAGAGUGACAGCUUUUCGGACAACCUAUCAUCGGACGCAGAGACAGAACGCAAGGGGAGAAAAAGGGCCCGGAGCCCCAGUGUAGAGAUCGUUUAUGAAGGGAAAGCUACUGACACAACCGUACAUCACAAAAAGAGAAAGAAGAAACACCAUGGAGACAGUACUUCGCAGUCCCCUGUUGUCAUUAUCAUCAACAGUGAUAGUGACGAGAUUUCUGAAGUAAAAGAAGAUGCAGGAUAUCACAAUAAUGGGCCUCAAGACCCUCUAGGAGAUGAGUUCUAGGCUCCUUCCUUGGAACCAUUGGAAACUGAAGAUGCAGUUACAAGAGAAGGUGAAUUUGGUGUCCUGGACAAGGAGUGUGAUGUUACUGCACUUACUAACUCUUUGAAUAAUGCCAGCAAAACUGUACCUAAUAGUCCACCCCCAGCACCUUCAGUGGAACUGACUCUUGAUGUAAAAGAAAGCACACGUGCCUCUGAUUUGGACCAGCCCGGUAACGUUGCAUCUGUCUGAACUCACUCAUCAAGGCAACUGCCGUCUCCACGGACAUCGUUAAUGUCAGUGUCUCUUAGCAGAGACCAAUAUGUCUUAAAACUGCCAAAGCAACUCAUUAAGAAUUCUGGCGGUAUAAAAAGGGUAAAAAGGAAUGAUGUCAUCUAGAACAGUCUAUUUGAAGAUGACUUUUGGUGAAAACUCUUUUUCCCCUUAGAAUAUUUUAACUGAUUUUUUGGUGUGUUAAUUUGUUAAAUUCAUUAUUUGUUCAAAAAGUAUUUAUGUCCCACCCUCAGAGAUAUGUACUUUUAAAUGAAGAAAAUAAUAUUGCUAGCAGUUUAUUUAAAACUUACGGUCCUUUUUA